UUUUGCGGACGAAGUAAACGCUACAAUAACGUGUUUAGUGUGUUGUUGAUGGGAGCGGACGAAGACGAUACUUUUGCUGAUCGGUCAAAUAAACAGUCUGGCGGUGAUGUUGUAGACCAUUUACAGAAUUUAAAAACAUUUAAACUUUUUUCGUGAAAUAUUUUUUGAUGACAAAGUUUUAAUAACGAUCUUUUAAUAAAAUAAACAAACUUUGAUGACAUUGCUUGCUGCUGUUGUAUUAACCAAGAAAAGACCUUGAGGUCAUUAACGUGAAAUAAUAAACGACAACAAAUAAAAAACAUAAUUUUCUUUAUUAGAACUACAUAAAAAUUAGAAGAUUUUAUAUAUAUAAAAAUAUUUACUUAAUGAAACUUAAAAUUUUAAAAUAUUGAACGGAAAAGAAAACGCUUAUAUGUAAUUUGAGAAUUAACUAAAAAGUCAUUAACCUGCCAGAAGACGUUCUACACAAGAGACUUCCACCCGGUUCAACAUUAUGCAAAUACCACAGAAAUUUCAUUGGAAAUAAUCAGCAAAAUGCAAGAGUAUUAAUAAAUUUAUCAAAUGUCUUAAUGAAAGUGAAAUACAAACAAUUUAAGAAGCGAAAGAAUAGCAAGACAAAAAUAUGUUUGCCAAAAAUAAUAUGACAAAGCGUAAAACGCUUAUAUUUGCCUGUUUUGGCAUUGCCAUUGGCCUUUGCAUUGGUACAGUAUUAAAAAAUUAUCGCGCCUUGGAAAUAGUUAAACGUUGUAGUAUGAAGCCGACCAAUCAGAAGACACCCUUUGAGAUUAUCGGUCUUAAACCGGAAGAUAAUAUACAAAAUUCACAAAAGAAUUUAGUAUUUGUGGGUGUGAUGACAGCAAAAAAUUUCAUAGAAGGAAGAGCGAGAGCAGUCUAUGAUACUUGGGGCAAAGAAGUGCCGGGGCGUAUAGCUUUCUUUAGUUCAGAGGGUUCUUAUUCAGAUGAAAUGCCUGUGAUAGGUUUGAAAAAUGUUGAUGAUCGUUAUCCACCACAAAAGAAAUCCUUUAUGAUGCUGUACUAUAUGUAUGAAAAUUAUAUUGAUAAAUUUGAAUGGUUUAUACGUGCCGAUGAUGAUGUCUAUAUAGAACCUCAGAAAUUGGAAAAAUUUUUAAGAUCUAUAGACAGUUCAAAGCCUCAAUUUAUAGGACAAGCUGGCAAGGGCAAUAGUGAGGAAUUUGGUUUAUUAUCUUUGGAAUUUGAUGAGAAUUUUUGCAUGGGCGGUCCGGGUGUCAUUCUCAGUAGUGAAACCUUGAGAAGAGUUGCACCCCAUAUACCCACUUGUUUAAAAAACCUAUACAGCACUCAUGAGGAUGUGGAAGUUGGUAGAUGUGUUCAGAAAUUUGCCGGCAUACCUUGUACUUGGAAUUAUGAGAUGCAAUAUAUAUUACGCCAUAAUUCCAGUGGUCGUGCUGCCUUUACGGGCAAACUUAAACGCAAAGAAAUUCAUAAUGCCAUUUCUUUGCAUCCCAUUAAACAGGCACCUCUUAUGUAUCGUUUACAUUCCUAUAUUCAGGGUUUAAAGGCUGAGGAAAUGCGCCAGGAAUCUUUAUUACUACAUCGUGAUAUUAAACGUAUGGCAAAAUAUUUGGAAGUUCCCGAUGAUAGUCGUUAUUUGGUGCCGGGUAUUCCUUUGAUUCCGGAAGAAGAGAAUAGCAAACGUCAUUUUGAGGAUCAUAAUAUAUUAGGCAUUAGUCCCGAUCUUAAUAAAUUCGCUCCCAAAACAAGAGAUGAUCUUCUUGAAUGGUCCUUUUUAGCAAGAAGUCUUUAUUCUACCGAUCAUUCGAAUCCUAAACAUAAAAUCGAUUCAGCAAUGAGAGAAGGACUUGAAGAUGUCAUUACCGAAGUAAUGGAAAAUAUCAAUAACUAUUCACGACAACGUGGUAGAGUUAUUGAAUUUCGUGAAUUAUUAUAUGGUUAUACAAGAUUAAAUGCUUUACAUGGACAAGAUCUUAUAUUGGAUUUAUUGUUGAUUUAUAAGAAAUAUCGAGGUAAAAAGAUGACGGUACCAGUAAGAAGACAUUUAUAUGUACAGAGAGCUUUUACGGGUAUAUUUAUAAAGGAAUUUGAAGAGGAUUUCUAUAAUACCACAUUGCAGAAGAGUUUCUUUAAGAACAUUUUAAAUCAAGGAGUAGAAAGUUUAUCAAAUCAUUUCUCUAUACCGGGUUUAUUAGCAGCCGGUAAUCCUUCGGGUAGUGGCAAUUCUAAAAUUGUAUUCGUUUUGCCUAUUGCAGGACGUUUAAGUACAUUUAAACGUUUUCUGGCUACUUAUGAAAGUGUGGCCAUUGAAGAGGAUAAAAAUUGUGAUUUACUAGUGGUUAUCUUUGGCUCUUUGGUGGAUAUACAAGAUCAUUUGGCCGAAAUAAGAAGUUUAAAAUAUAAACAUGUCUAUCAACAAAUCAAUUAUAUACACCGCCAAGAGGAUUUCUCUAGAGGAGUGGCUUUAGAUACAGCAGCUCGAUCUUCUUAUAUACAGGAAGAUAAUAUAAUACUUUUCAUAGAUGUGGAUAUGGUUUUUAAAGUGGAAACCUUACAACGUAUACGCAUGAAUACUUUACAAGGCAAACAGGUUUAUUUGCCUAUUGUAUUUUCCCAAUACGAUCCUAAAAGGCAGCAACAACAACAAAUACCAGCCGAUGAAAUAACCAAUGAAUCGGGUUAUUUUCGACAAUUUGGUUUUGGUAUUUGUGCCAUUUAUAAAUCAGAUAUUUUAGAUGAAAAUAUUAAUGGUUUCGAUAAAGAUAUAACCGGUUGGGGUUUAGAAGAUGUUAAAUUUCUAGAGAAAAUUGUUAAAAAUGGUAAUCGCCAGAAUUCAUUUAUGAUCAAUACCGCCGAACUUUCAGAAGAUUAUAAUUUAAAAGCCUCACAAAUGCGUAGACUGACAAUAUUUCGUGCACCCGAUCCUAGUUUAGUGCAUAUUUAUCAUGAUAUUAGUUGUGAUAUUAACUUAGAGACUGCUCAGUAUAAUAUGUGUUUGGGCACAAAAGCCAAUUCAUUGGGUAGUACACGUCUUAUGGAACACUUAUUUUAUAAUAAUCCCGAUAAUAUAGAAUUUAUUAAAGAAUUUAAUCGUAAAAAAGAAAUUAGAUAGUAAGAGGAGGGAGGCGGUGGUGUUUGUAAUAGAGAUUAUUUGCACAAUUCUUUUUGUUUUCCAAUUAAACUGAAAAUAACGGUUAAGUUCCCAAGAGAAGAGAAAAAAAAGUAUUUUUAAAGGAGUGAAAGAAAAAAAGGAAAAACAAUGAAUUCUUCUAAAGAAAACUAGUCUCCCCACAAAUGUUCUAACCAAUUUAUCUAAAAGAUUUCACACUUCUAAAAACUUUACUAAAGAACACUUUGUAUUCCGACAAAAUUUGUCUAUCAGGAGAUUAACUAAUUUCAAAUAAUCAUAAGGCGUUAAAAAGCCUGCCUUUGAUGAUUUCCUCAACUCUCCCACGCCUUUCGCAAAAUACACAAUAUAAAAAAGUAUUAAAUUAAUCAUAAAUUAAACAUUAAACUUAUACCUUAACUUAUACCUUAAGUUUGCAAAAAAAAAAAAAGAAAAAGAGAAAAAAAUUAUUUGUAUUUUAAAGCCAAACUUUUUUUUAUUGCCUUAUUUAUGAAAAUUUAAUUUAAAAAGUAACGAAAAAGUAAUAAAACUUAUUAAAUAAGUUUAAUGUGUGUUUAGCAAAUAAGUAAAGAAAAUUCAUAUUUUAAGUUAAAACCUAAAAACGGAAUUGCAUUUUUUUUAUACAAAACCAUGUACAAGCAACGUACGGGUUUCAUAUUAUCAUUAAAAAAAUAAUAAUUUAAUUAUUUAAGUUUAAAAAAAAAUGAAAAAAAAAUCAACAUAAGUUUAAUGUGAUAUGUUAAUUGUUAAAAAAAUAAAAUAAAUUUAAACAAAGGACAAAAAGACAAUUCAAUAAACGAAAAAUUGGAAAAAAAACACAAACAGUAAGUAAAAUGCAGAUUUACUUUUUACAUAUCUUACAUAAAUUCAACUGGUUCGAUAUCUAAUAAAGCCAAUGUUUUAUUAAGUACUUCACGUACAGCUUUAAUUAGAUAAAUACGAGCAUAAACGUAGGGCAUCAAGUGAUCACGUUUUUCCUAAUAAUAAGAUAUUGUUGUUGUUUUAACAUUGUCAUUUGCCAGAGUUUUGUACUUAAGAAUAGUGUAAAUUAAAUGUAAAUUAGACUUACCGUUAAAAUUCGUAUUCUUCGAUAGUAAACACUGAAGAUGGCAACCAGGCCAUGUAGAAAAUGUAUUAUUAAGUGGGUGGAACAUAAACCACGUUCUAGUUGUUCCAGGCAACGAUCUAUGAGAUUAGGAAAACCAGCUAAGUAAGCAUAAACUAAUUGCCAUUCUUCCUGGAAAAGAGAAUGUGGAAAGAUGAUAAAGUGGUGUCUGAAAAUCAAUCAAUUUUUAUAAAGAAC